UCCACACUACAUUAUGUCUGCAAGUGCUAUGGAGAGUAUGCUGGGAAAGACGGUGCGCGGAAGUGACGGACGCGAGGUGGCGACCAGCAGUCUUGACGGAACGGUGGUGGGCCUCUACUUCUCAGCCCACUGGUGCCCUCCAUGCAGGGUCUUUACUCCGCAGCUGGCGACGACGUACGAGGCCAUCCGUGGGGCAGGGCAUCCGUUCGAGAUUGUCUUUGUCUCGUCAGACAGGACCGAGGACUCGUAUGAUGAGUAUCUGGCGUCUAUGCCCUGGCUCGCCCUCCCCUUUGGCUGCCCCGAGAGCAUGGCCUUGGGCUCACGGUUUGGCAUCCGCGGCAUUCCGGCGCUGGUUCUCCUCGGCCCAGACGGUGAGGUGCUGACCAAGGAUGGUCGCUCGGUUCUCGCUGGCGAUCCCAAGGGCCUCGGCUUUCCCUGGGCUUCCUGGAUCCGUCGACGGCCGGGCUCAAGGCUGUCGAUCCCAGUGCUGGACUGGACUCGACGCGGAUCACGCCAAUGGCCAUUGCGCUGGCGGCGCUCGAGGCCGAUCCGGGUGCCAAGCUCCACGCCAAGGUCAAGGCGCUAACUAUGCUCAACAAGAUGGCCCGUAACGUCAUUGCUCACCCGCUGGAGCCCAAGUACCGCUCGGUCCGGAAGGCCAACAAGACUGUGGCGACAAAGAUCCUCGCCGUUCCACACGCCGCCACUGUGGCCGAGGCCCUUGGUUUUGUUGACUCGGGAGGUGACGAGCUGGCGCUCACGCCGUCCGAGGCCGGAUGGCUUGUUCUUGUCGACGCCCAAAAGUAUCUCGAGCGGACGCUGGCUCGGCUGGCGGCCGAGCCGGGUGCGAGCCCGCCGGCGGCGGCUGCGGCAUCGAGCGCUUCGAGCACGUCGACGACGACGAGUGCGGCGGCGACUCCGUUUGGCAUGCCUGCCGCGGGCACAGCCGCCGCGCCGACAGCCUAUGGAGACGGGAUGGUCGGCGGUGGCGGGAUGGGCGGCGGGAUGGGUGGCGGCAGCGACUUUACCGCCAUGACGCAGGCCAUGCAGCACGACCCGGCGAUGAUGCAGCAGAUGCAGGCGAUGAUGGCGGACCCAGCGGUGCUGGCGCAAGCGCGGGCGGCGAUGGAGGCCAACCCGGCGAUGCAGGCGCAGGCGGCGGCGCUGAUGGCCAACCCUAAUGCGAUGGCCGAGCUCAUGCGGAUGCUAGGGCAGAACCCGCCGGGCGGGCGCCGUGAGUUCAAGCACGCGCAGCGAGCUAUGCUGCUUCGCGGGAGCUGUGGAUCAUGUCGUCAAUGGCGUCGGCGUCGACAAUGAGCUUGUCGAUGGUGGCCUGGAUGUCCGGCAGCGGAACGCCGUCGCGGAUGAGGGUGCGGACGAGGCGGAAGAGUUGGUCGUAGAUGUCGGCCGAGCAAACGGCGCAGACCUCGGGCGGGAGCAGCGCCAGUCGCUGCAUGCCGUAGUCGAGGAGGACACAGCAGAGCUCGGGGGCGACCAGGCCGCGCUCGAUGAGCGACAUGGCGGUGUCGACUGUUUGGGCAGUCGACGGCUCAUAAAUCAGCCGCGGCAUGUCA